UCUCAUUCUCCAGGAUUUUCUCCUCCUCUCCCUCUAUUUUUUUCACAGUGCAUUGGCUGUGCACUCCUCCCUCUCUCGCUCUUUCUCACUCACUCUCUCUCUUUCUCACUCUCUCUGUUUUCUCUCACUUGUUCUUUGGCAUUUUUGUUCUCGUGGCUGGUGUGAGCUGAUCGGCUCUUUCUGAAGAAGCGUCACUGCUGCCUCCUGAACAAGAGAAUUUGGUGUAUGUGUGAGUGUGUGUGGAAUCAGUGAGUGCCUCUUCACUGGACUGGCCUGCUGUACAUGGAGACUCCCACCUGGACAGAUAGCGGUGUGUGUAAGACUGGAAGUCUAGCCGUGUUCAGGAACGCGGUGUGUAGUGGAUUCCUCACGCAGCAGCUCUGGCAUUUAGGACUCCCGCUUCUACACACACUGGGUAACCAAGAGGCGACCAAUCCGGUGGACGCGAUGGCUCAGUCCUACACCCCAGCGCAGUUUCCUCCUCCCCCACAGAACGGUAUCCCAGGAGACUUCGCCACAACCCACGCCCUUCCCACACAGGACUACACAGGACAGAGCCGAGUACCUGAACACACCCUGACUAUCUACACUCCCACGCAGACACACAGCGAUCCUGCAAACAGCGAUAGCAACACUACAACCAUCACCACCAACACAACAGAUGACGUGACACAAACAGACAUGCUGCCAUCCUCGGAAUCGCCGGAGAAACAGCAGCCCAAACGACUCCACGUGUCCAACAUCCCCUUCCGUUUCCGUGACCCUGACCUCAGACAGAUGUUCGGGCAAUUUGGGAAGAUUUUAGAUGUGGAGAUUAUUUUUAAUGAACGAGGAUCUAAGGGCUUUGGUUUUGUAACUUUUGAAACGAGCACAGACGCAGAUCGAGCACGGGAGAAACUAAACGGUACAAUCGUAGAGGGACGCAAGAUCGAGGUGAACAACGCUACAGCCAGAGUGAUGACCAACAAGAAGGCGGCGAAUCCUUACACCAACGGCUGGAAGCUGAAUCCUGUGGUGGGAGCCGUUUAUGCACCUGAACUUUACGCAGUAACAGGGUUUCCCUACGCACCUACAGGGACAGCAGUAGCAUACAGAGGAGCUAAUUUAAGAGGAAGAGGACGAGCCGUUUAUAACACAUUCCGCACAGCUCCUCCUCCUCCACCUAUCCCCACCUACGGAGCUGUUGUUUAUCAGGACGGAUUUUACGGUGCUGAGAUCUAUGGAGGCUAUGCAGCGUACAGAUAUGCCCAGCCUGCCACAGCUACUGCAUACAGUGACAGCUAUGGUAGAGUCUAUGCAACGGCAGAUCCCUACACUCACACGAUCAGCCCGGCUGCUACAUACAGCGUCGGCACAAUGUAAUAUUGCGGAGAGAGAGAAAGACAGGAGGAGAGCAGAGCAUCAGAGAGCAACAACCAGACAUGAUGAGAAACAAGAGACCAGAAUGACCGAAAAGCAGAUGGGUGUGAAAAAAAAAACAGAGCAAAAAAAAAAAAAAAAAGAUGAAGAUGAAAAAGCAGAAAGAGAGGACAGAGCCCGUUUUCAUGAAGCGUUUUAUUUUUCUAUAUUUUUGUUGAUGCAGAAAAAUGUGUUUAAGAGAUAUAAAUAUCCAUGUAUAUAUAUAUACACUAAUAAAUAGUGACGACGUCAGGAGAGAACAAGGGAGAGCGUUUGUCUCUGCCCACAGCAUCCACGUGAUCAUGGAUCAGACUCACAGCAAAGAUCUCAUGUGAAUAAUAAUAAUAAUAAUAAUAAUAAUAAUAAUAAUAAUAAUAAUAAUAAUAAUAAUAAUUUCCAGGUCCUGUUCCAGGACUUUUGAUCAGUCCAUUUCCUGUGCUGUGAUGUCACUCUCUUCUGUGCUUUUAUUCCUAUAGCACGUCCUGGAUGCAAUGCCCUUUUUUCUGUUACACUGAUCAGAGAAAUCCUCAAAAAUAUUCUCAAAGUCCUUCUAGUUCUGCUUCGACAGUGUUUAGAGAAAAAACACGCACAACCAGAAGCUGAAUCAACGUGGAUUUGUGGAGCGUCCUGGCAUUCUCUCUGGAACUCUUUCCAGUGAGCAUUUCCACAGAGUGAGGAGGACAUCUGUAUGGAGAUAUCCUUACGGUAUGGAGUUUCUUAACUGAUCCUUUUUCUUCAACAUGGAUGGGCAUUUCCUGCUGGGUCACAUCUCCUCCUCCUCCUCCUCCUCCUCCUCCUUCUUCUUCUUCCUUCUUUUCAAUGAUCGAAGAUCCUGAACUUCAUGUUGCUGAUGUCAUGACUCUCUUCCUGUUUUCUAACCUCCUGUGGAAAAUCUUAGAGGACUACAGAACUCACUCUGGGAUCCAGCACUGUUUAACACACACUUGCCGACUUCCCCGUCCUCUAUAUAAUCCAAUAUGUUUAAGUUUCUAUACCAACUGCUCAUUCAUAGGGACAUGUACAGCAACACUGCACAUAAUCUAAGACUAAUUAUGAAUGCAUAUAAAAGCAGGUUGUUGUUAAAUAAAUAAAUCUUCUAAUCCUAGUUUUUUUGGUUGAGAAAUUUAUUUAACAUUUACAGCAGGAGGAGUUUGGAUUAUUAGCUCACAGUCUCUUGACCAUUCCACAAAGUUAAAUCUUACUCUAAACAGAUAAAACAUGUGACGUGUCACUCAUUAAAUUAUACAUUGUGUUUGUUGGCAAAUUGCUGUAAAUAAAAGUGAAAUAACACACACCAGACAAAUCAUGUGAGAUGAAUGCACUCAAUCACAUGGACAAUUGCCAAUCAGGCUCUUAUGUGAGCUCAUGUGUGUUGAAAAGGGCAGAUGGCUGGUUCUUCUGUGGUUCAGCUGCCCUGAGCAUUAGCAUGACUGGUUUUAUGUGUCUUGGAGGAACAAUGGAGGUGUGUAUGGAGGAACCAUGGAGGUGUGUAUGGAGGAACCAUGGAGGUGUGGUUGGAGGUGUCAUAUGUUCGCCUUCCAUCCUGUUGUAGCCUGUCAUGUGAUAGUGAAGAGCCAGAGGGCGGGAUAACACGCUAGCCUCAUAACUAAGCAAAAAAAUAACCCAGAUUUAGACUUGACGUUCAGAUAUGAUGAUUAAUUAAAUAAAGUCAUAAAUAUGUAAAUAAGAAAAAGCCUCAAAUUCCUUAAUGUGCCACACGACUCCUUGUCAUCUGUGUAAGGAACUUAAACACAGGAUACACACCUCAGUGUGACGUUAAUGAUACACAGUCUGAUUUGUGAGGGGAACGAGAUGAAAGUGUGUUAAAAACAGUGCUGGACCACAGAACUGGAUAGUGUUCUUCAUCGACACUGUAAUCUUCUGAAGUGAUGAGACUUUAUUCUGCUGCUGUCGCUGUUUACUCUCUCGUUCAACAACCCAGGUACUUCCAGCAAGAAGCUAAGCUACAACAUAGCUAUAAUGUCUUUCAAUGAUACGAACAAGCCCUGAUUUUAAUAUUGUUAUUAUUAUUAAUAUUAUUCUAUCUAUUGCUACUAAGGACUUUUAUUAAGUAGAAUGUAAAAGUUUAAAAUCUCAUCUAUACAAUGCUUCCACGCAGUAACGU